AUGGCACGUCCUAAGAAAGCCAGUGUACCCACAAAAGCGUCCUUGUCCGAUGGACGUGGACGGCGUAAAACUCGUAACAGCGCAUCGCAAGAGGAGGAGGAGGAAGACAUGCUCGAUAACAUCACUCUGGCUCCACCGGUCUCACAGCCAAAGCCGAAAUCGAAACCGACCGUACCCUUCAAAAUACCUGGCGAGUUCGAUCAUGUUGUGCUCAAAGACGAGGCUGAUUGCAAUGACUACAUCUCUAAGACCGAUGAAUCCGAGGCGUAUCUGCGAGAUAUGAAAACCCUAGAGGUCCAUCUCGACACAAGCAAACUGGUCGCAUAUACUGAAGAUCGUUUCGCAAUUGUACUCAACAAGCUACAUCCACGCCCCGACGACACCAUCAACCCUCACGACUUACAAACCAUCCGGAUAGUCGUGAAAGGCAAUAUUCUCCUCACGCGUUACAGCUACCACCUCAUAUCGCCAUUUCAAUCUGCCUUCGUAAACGACAAACUGAAGAAGCUCGCAGACGGCAAACUAUCCGAUGAGGAAAGGGCAAAGCUACCCUACAAGCUCCACAGUACGGAGAAGCUUCUCGCCAAUGCACUACUGGGCAUUCGUGGAGUGAAGCAAGUUCAUAUCGAGGGGAAAGGGAAAGGAACUGUUGAAGCAGACUUUGCGGCGACUAUCAAAGCUACACUGGUCCAGCCCGUGGGAACUGAUAUCUUGGAAGCAAGCGACGAAGAGUCUCCGUUCUCUACGCAUGGGUUGAAUAGGCUGGGAUCGAUCUACUCUAAUGCGUAUUCUGGGGACGCGUUGAAUCCAUACGCUUCUCUGGCUCCACCAGAAGUAGAGCUGGUGGAUGAUUCGGAGGGCUCAGACGACGAUGCGCAGGCCGCUACUGUCACAGAACUACAUGAUCCUGUCAGACGUAGGCCGAAGGAGGAUGUUCCCAUCGUAAUGUCUGGGCCGCAAACGCGUGGAACAAUGGCUAAGCAGGCUGAAGAAGUGGAGGAGAAGGACGACGAGGACGAGGACGAGGACGAAGGCUAUGGCUUGGGACUUACGGAGAUGGUUCGGAUUUACAAGCAGAAGUCGCGUCCGGGUGAUAUAGAUUCGGAUACUCUCAGAUAUGAUGUGCUGCCUGUAGUUUUGACGGCGAGGGAGGAAGCGGUUGAGUUAGGCUGGAAGGUGUAG